AUGGCAAAUGACAAUUCUGAGCAGGAAACACCUGCAACAGUAACUGAAACAUCACAAAUCUCGUCGGAGGAUGAAUUUGAAGAAGGAAUCUCAGUUCCAAUCACUCAUCCUCUGUAUUUGGCAUCUACUGAUACAAGUGGAAUUUCUCUGAUCUCUUUUCAAUUAACAGGAACAAACACUUUCUCGCGGUGGUAUAGAUCUAUGAAAAUUGCUCUUCUAGGUCGAAACAAGCUUGGAAUGGUAGACGGAAGAUGGAAAAGAGAAAAAUUCAGAGAGAAAUACUGGUAUCAAUGGGAGAGAUGCAAUGCAAUUGUAUUAUCGUGGUUGAUGAAUGCUGUAGCACCAACAUUAAUUAGCGGAAUUGCUUAUGCAACAAAUGCACACUCCGUAUGGAUGGAUCUACAAGAGAGAUUCGACAAAGUGAAUGACACUAGAUGCUACAAUCUACACAAGGAGAUUGCAACCCUAACUCAAGGUACUUCCUCUAUAUCUGUGUAUUAUUCUGAACUCAAAGAUCUAUGGGAUGAAACUGAAGAUCUGGUCCCUCAUCCUGGUUGGGACUGCCCUAGGACUAAGAAAUUCAUUGAACACCUGCACAAACAAAAGUUGUAUCAAUUCCUUAUGGGAUUAAAUGACUCAUACUCACAAGCACGUAAUCAAAUUCUUAUGAUGAAACAUGUUCCCUCUGUGAACCAAGCCUAUGCUAUGUUAAUAAGUGAGGAAAGUCAAAGGAGUGUAGCAGGAUCAGCAGGGAUUUUAGCACUCUAUAGCUCUAAGGCUGAUAAUAGACCAAAAUACAAGAAGAACUAUAAUCUAUAUUGUGACUUCUGUAAACUAAAAGGACAUAGCAAGGAGAAUUGCUACAAAAUAGUUGGGUAUCCAGCUGACUACAGGUAUAAGAAGAAAGGGGGAGCUGGUGCUUACAAUGCAGUAGCUGAAUGUGGCUCAGCUUCAAAUAAUUACAGUGUUGUACCACCUGAGCUAAGUCUCUACACACAUACUAGUGGCCAACAAAGCCCUGGCACUCAGAUGACUAAUAUGCAGCCAAGGUCCAGUCAAAUCUUGCAACAAAACAAUCACACUGCCAAUAUGGAUAUACAGUCACAGCAUGGAGGAGGUGGUUCCUUUCCUUUUACCAAGGAACAAUAUGACCAGAUUAUGCAGAUUUUGAACAGCAACACAGUCAGCUCUACCUCAACAAACAACAGCAGUUCUACAUCUACACCUCAGGCCCAUGCAGCAGGUACUAGUGUUGCAUUACUAGCUUCCAAUAGUCCACAAGAAUGGAUUAUUGAUACAGGGGCUACAAACCAUAUGGUGUCUGACCUCAAUUUAUUAUAUAAGACAACUGUAGUUCCUCCUCUUAGCUCUAGAAAGGUUCUCUUGCCAAAUGGAGAUGUCACACAAGAGCUCUUCAAUGGCAAGGUGAAGGGGAUUGGUAGAGAAAGAGAUGGCCUAUACUUCCUUCAACAACAUGGCAAUAAGAGAUUGACUACUGUGUCUUUAGCAGCUAUUAACACAAAGGAUGAUUUCUCACUAGCCAGUAUUACCAAUGCAAUUAAUAACUGUUGUGUGUGUCCUUCUGCUAAGCUAACCAGGACACCAUUUCCUCACAGUAGUAUUAAGAGUGCUGGUGCAUUUGACUUGAUUCAUGUAGAUGUUUGGGGACCAUAUAAAACUGCAACCUUUGAUGGUAAUAAAUACUUUCUCACAGUAGUUGAUGACUUCACUAGAGUGACUUGGAUUUUCUUAUUGAAACUGAAAUCUGAUGUGUGUGUUGCAUUACCACAGUUUCUAGCCUUUGUUUACACUCAGUUCAAUAAAACAGUCAAAAUGGUGAGGUCUGACAAUGGUACCGAGUUUCUGAAUUCAGUAUGUAAGACAGUCUUCAACAAACUUGGUAUUGUUCAUCAAACCACUUGUGCAUACACUCCACAGCAGAAUAGAGUAGCUGAGAGGAAGCACAGGCAUCUUCUAGAAGUCACCAGAGCUAUGAGGUUUCAAGAUCACAUUCCUAUCAAGUUUUGGGGUCAUUGUGUCAUCACUGCUGCCUAUCUGAUCAAUAGACUACCCUCUUCUGUGUUAAAAGGGUACUCACCUUAUGAAUUGCUGUACAAGAGGAGUCCUCAACUGGGCCACAUUAGAACUCUAGGUUGUUUGUGUUUUGCUAAACAAGUGCAGGAGACAGACAAACUUAUGCCUAGAGCCAAACCUGCAGUCCUCAUGGGGUUUUCAGAUACUCAAAAGGGGUAUAUUCUCUUAGAUAUCUCUACUCAGCAAUUCUUUGUCAAUAGGGAUGUUGUAUUUCAGGAGAAUGUUUUUCCUUUCAAAGACUCCUCCAGUAACUCUUCUCCUGUUUUUCCUGUUAUUCCCUCACCUCCUAGCUGUGAAGAGGUGCCUAGAUAUAUCCACUCAUAUCCUUCUACUUCUUCUCCUCACAACCAAUCUUCUACUUCUUCUCCUCACAUACAUCCUUCUAUUACGUCUCCUUCUGUUGGUUCUGAUCCUCUGCCACUUACUUCUGAGCCUUAUCCCACACUGAGGAGGUCUUUUAGACCUAAGCAUCCCCCAUUGUGGCUUAGGGACUAUGUCACUCAGCCCUUUGCCACCACCACACCUUAUUCCACAGCUAACUAUGUGUCCUAUGACUCCUUAUCUCCCUCUUAUCAGUCCUUCAUUGCAGCCUUCUCUUCCAUUGUGGAACCCUCUACCUAUACUGAGUCUGUUCAAGAUCCUAGGUGGGUGGAGGCUAUGAAGUCUGAGAUUGCUGCUCUGGAAGCCAAUCACACCUGGGAGGUUGUGUCACUUCCCCCAGACAAGGUACCUAUUGGUUACAAAUGGAUCUUCAAGGUGAAGUAUAAAGCUACAGGGGAGGUUGAGAGGUUUAAAGCCAGACUGGUGGCAAAGAGGUUCAGCCAGCAGGAAGGUAUUGAUUAUCAGGAAACCUUCAGUCUAGUUGUUAAGAUGGUCACAGUUAGAACCAUUCUAUCUGUUGCAGCUUCUGAGCAUUGGCAUAUCCACCAGAUGGAUGUAUACAAUGCUUUCUUACAAGGGGACUUGCCUGAUGAGAUCUAUAUGACUCUUCCUCAGGGAUUUUAG